AAAAUAUUGACGAUCGGAUUUGUUUACAAUUUACACACUCUGCUCUGCUUUGUGGAUCGUCAUCGCCGUGCAGAAAACUGGAUAGGGAAUUGGGAGAAUCUCCGAUCACAGAUCACAAUUCAAUACUCACAGCGGCCGCCGUCAUCACCCCGCCGGACGGUUAGUUCGACAAUGCCGCGACCACCACCGCUGCCGGCGUCCUCCGCCUAAAAGUCAAUGGUCAAAGAAAUCCCCCCCCGCCAAUCAGCCUUCUCCUUCCUAAUUCCUUCUUCUUUCCCACAAAACCCCCCAAAAAAGUUUAAAAAGUAAGACCUUUGGCACUUUUUUUUGUUUGGGUUCUUCUGAUUCCCUCUCUUGGUGCGUCUCUUUUCGCGAUCCUCUGGAGAAAGGAGAGAGAAAGAGAGAGUGAGAGACAGAGACAGAGAGAAUAAGAUGUGUGGGAUAUUUGCGUAUCUGAAUUUCAAUCUCCAGAAGGAAAGGAGUUACAUACUCCAAGUACUAUUCAAUGGACUCCGGCGGCUGGAGUACAGAGGCUACGAUUCUGCAGGCAUCUCCAUCGACAACUCAACCUCCUCUCGGCCCCUCGUCUUCCGCCAGGAGGGCAACAUCGAGUCCCUCGUCAAAUGCGUCUACCAAGAGGUUGCCAGCAUAGACCUUAACUUGGAAGAAUCAUUUGAUGUCCAUGCUGGAAUAGCUCAUACACGGUGGGCAACCCAUGGAGUGCCAGCUCCAAGGAAUAGUCAUCCCCAGGCAUCUGAUUCUGGAAAUGAGUUUUUGGUUGUCCACAAUGGAGUGAUAACAAAUUAUGAGGUGUUAAAAGAGACAUUAGUUCGACAUGGAUUUACUUUCGAGUCCGAGACUGACACUGAAGUUAUACCAAAGCUUGCCAAGUUUGUUUUUGACAAAGCAAAUGAAGAAGAAGGGACCCAGACAGUUACAUUUAGUCAGGUCGUUCUUGAAGUUAUGAGGCACCUCGAAGGAGCUUAUGCCCUCAUUUUUAAGAGCAGACACUAUCCAAAUGAGUUGAUUGCAUGCAAACGUGGAAGUCCAUUGUUGCUGGGUGUGAAGGAAUUAGCUGAAGAAAACAACAGUGGGCCAGCCUUCCAGGAUGCAAAAUUCCUCUCAAAGGAUGGGCGCCCAAAAGAAUUUUUCUUGUCCAGUGAUCCCAAUGCAAUUGUUGAGCACACCAAAAAGGUCUUGGUAAUUGAGGAUGGUGAAGUAGUCCACUUAAAGGAUGGAAAUGUCUCGAUCCUAAAGUUUCCUAAUGAUAAGGGGAGACAUGGCGGCACCAUCGCCAGACCAGCCUCGGUACAACGAGCAUUGUCUGUUCUCGAAAUGGAAGUUGAACAGAUAAAUAAAGGAGGGUAUGAACAUUACAUGCAGAAAGAAAUUCACGAGCAGCCAGAAUCUCUGACGACUACCAUGAGGGGAAGGCUCAUACAAGGAGGUUCCUGUAAGGCAAAGACUGUUCUUUUGGGUGGACUUAAGGAUCAUAUGAAAACAAUUCGAAGAAGCCGGCGCAUUGUUUUUGUUGGAUGUGGUACAAGUUAUAAUGCUGCUCUAGCUUCUAGACCAAUCCUGGAGGAACUAUCUGGUGUGCCUGUUACCAUGGAAAUUGCGAGUGAUCUGGUGGAUCGGCAGGGACCAAUAUACAGAGAGGACACUGCAGUGUUUGUGAGUCAAUCUGGUGAAACCGCAGAUACAUUGCUUGCAUUGGAGUAUGCUCUUGAAAAUGGUGCAUUAUGUGUUGGCAUAACAAACACAGUUGGCAGUGCAAUUGCAAGGAAAACUCAUUGUGGCGUUCACAUUAAUGCUGGUGCUGAAAUUGGUGUAGCAAGUACCAAGGCUUACACAAGCCAAAUAGUUGUGAUGGCUAUACUGGCCCUAGCUGUUGGUGGUGACACGAUUUCAAAUCAAGCAAGAAGAGAGGCUAUAGUUGAUGGUUUAUAUGACUUGCCCAGCAAAGUUAGAGAGGUGCUAAAGCUCGACAAUGAGAUGAAGGAUCUCGCAAAGCAAUUAAUAGCAGAGCAAUCGCUGUUAGUAUUUGGAAGAGGUUACAAUUAUGCGACGGCACUGGAGGGGGCAUUGAAAGUGAAAGAAGUAUCACUUAUGCAUAGUGAAGGGAUGCUGGCUGGUGAGAUGAAACAUGGUCCCCUGGCUUUAGUUGAUGAAAAUCUUCCAAUUAUAGUUAUUGCUACUCAUGAUGCCUGCUUCAGCAAGCAGCAGUCAGUUAUUCAACAACUUCAUGCCCGUAGAGGGCGCCUGAUAGUGCUGUGUUCUGAAGGGGAUGCUGCAUCAGUAUGCCCUGGGGAAUCUUGUAGAGUCAUUGAAGUCCCCCAAGUUGAGGAUUGUCUUCAACCUGUAGUCAAUAUUGUUCCAUUGCAGUUGUUGGCAUAUCAUCUCACUGUUUUGAGGGGUCACAAUGUUGACCAGCCUCGUAAUCUGGCAAAGAGUGUGACGACGCAGUAAAGAGAAAGAUGAAGUUGGAAGUGACAGUGCAGUUAUCUGUGGUUUUGCUCCAUGCCAAAAUGCUUCUAGAGAGGGGGAAGGCGGCGUUUUAGUUGCUUAAUCUUCCACCCAAAUCCCAAUGGAGAGCAAUAUUUUUAGAUUGCUCCGAAUCAGCAGCACUGGAUCAAGGUCUGGUGUUUCGUCUUGGUAGAACGGCUAAACAGGGUUGUGAUUAGAGAGAUUGAGCGGUCUUGCUGACCCAACUGAGGGAAGUAAAUUAAUUAGUAGACUCCUAAUGGCUGAUGAUUCUAUUCUAGGAUUCCUUCCUGCAAAUGUUUAUUUGUUCAGGCAAUCGGCUUGUAGUUGUGGUACUUGGAUGAGGCGUCAGGAAUCGGUAUAAUCUGAUGGUGUUGUGGUUUUAACCUCGGGACUUAGUAUCAGCCAAAACUAUUUUACAGGAAACCACACAAAGAUAACAGAAAUCUAGUUCUAUAACUAUAAGCAACCAACGCUUAAACUUCCUUCCCAAGCAAGAAACAAAAUUUGUUUGCAAAAGGCUUAUAACACCUCACAACAUAUAACCAUAAAAUGAACAUAGAGAUAACCCACAGCUCCCAUGGAAUAUGGUGGAAGGUGGUGUACUGGUGUCACAAAUGUUUAUGUCUGGUUGUUACAUUACACAGCAGAGACGCUCAAAAUUUCAGAAAAUGUCUUCGCUCACUGUUCUGGUGCUACUUCCUCGGUCACUUCAAUUUCCUCUUUUUGGUCCUUGCCAUUUAAGACCUUCGACUCUUUACCCUGGGCAAUUAUCUCUUUCAUGCCCUCGUCGCGAACUGAAAGCCUUUCCAGUAGUUCCUGGCAGUCAAUGGCCGUCACCAUAACGCUCAGACUACCUCUGCCUUUCCAGCAACCGACUGCUAUUGUCGAUGCAUCCACCUUCACUGUAUCCGAUGAAUCUUGGUCGUAAUCUUUUUUCAGAACUAUCACACAGCAGCCCAUCAUUAGCUUCGAUGCCUUCUCCCCAAAGCCCGCACCAACAAAAUCGUGAAACUUGAUGGUUUUAUACUUCAGAAUAUGAAUGAAGUCCACUGCUGUUGCGUUUAGGAUUUGCUUGGUUAUGUGAGGGAGUAUCAAAGGAAGCCCUUCUGAAGAGAUUCGGAACGAACAUGAAGCAUCUGUGCCUUCUCUUGAUGUUUGUCGUUCCUACAUUUUCAAGCCAACAGAGGCAAUCUUGAGCUGCUGGCCAACGAGAAUAUUCAGCUCAAGAGCAUCCUUCACCGACUUGGAGAUGUAAUAAAUUCUCUUCACAUGGUUACUAUCACUGUUUCUGGAUAUGAGAUGGCCCUUGAACGGAAAUGACUCAUCAAUACCAUAGAAUGCAAUUAUACUGUUGAUAGUAGGUUCAUCGUUGAAGAAAAGUACAGGGUCCACUCCUUUCCAUCUUCCUUGCGUUUGCAAUUUUCUCUUUCCAGUAGCCUUAUCAGGAUCGCUCUUCCCAUUAACAGUCACUCGGGCAUCUUCCAAAGCAUUAUCGGUAGACACAUCAUCACAUGGAGUAGCUUCCAUGGGAACAUCCUUUUCCUCUUGUUCAUUAUCUACCAAAUCAAUAUCUGAAGCAGCUUCAGAAGCAGAUUCCAUGACGACGCUUUUUGAUUCUUGCCCUUGUUCAUCAUUAUAUUCGACAGAUGGAACUGAAUUUUGUUCUUGAGUUUCAUCCUUUUUAGCUAUCGAAAUCUUCUGCUUUUUAGGGUUUUCUGGAAUUGCUGGUAAAGGAGAGAGCUUCUGAAGGACAGCGAUGAAAAAGGCUCCACUAUUCUGAUCAUGAGGCACUAUCCUCAUGCAGCGUUCUAAAGGCAAAUCAGAAGUUUCUUCAACAAAAUCCUCAUUUGAAGUUUGCGAUUCUUGGUUUGGCUCAGAAUUGCCACCAUUCUCAUUUUUAAUA